GGAAGCAAGUGGGAGGGGAGCAGGCCAAGGGGCUAUAUAACCCUGCUCCAUUCUGCUUCCCUGGACACCAGCCACCCAGUGUGGAGAAGCCCAGCCAAGCACCAUCAGGAACCCUGUGAAGCAGCUCCAGCUAUGUGUGAAGAAGAGGACAGCACUGCCCUAGUGUGUGACAAUGGCUCUGGGCUCUGCAAGGCCGGCUUCGCUGGGGACGAUGCUCCCAGGGCUGUGUUCCCAUCCAUUGUGGGGCGUCCCAGACACCAGGGGGUGAUGGUGGGAAUGGGACAGAAAGACAGCUACGUGGGUGAUGAAGCACAGAGCAAAAGGGGAAUCCUGACGCUGAAGUACCCGAUAGAGCACGGCAUCAUCACUAACUGGGACGACAUGGAAAAGAUCUGGCACCAUUCCUUCUACAACGAACUCCGUGUGGCCCCGGAGGAGCAUCCCACCCUGCUCACGGAAGCGCCACUGAAUCCCAAGGCCAACCGGGAGAAAAUGACCCAGAUUAUGUUCGAGACCUUCAAUGUCCCAGCCAUGUACGUAGCCAUUCAGGCGGUGCUGUCCCUCUAUGCCUCUGGACGCACGACUGGCAUUGUGCUGGACUCUGGCGAUGGCGUCACCCAUAACGUGCCCAUCUAUGAGGGCUACGCCCUGCCCCAUGCCAUCAUGCGUCUGGACCUGGCUGGCCGAGAUCUCACCGACUACCUCAUGAAGAUCCUGACCGAGCGAGGCUAUUCCUUCGUGACCACUGCCGAGCGAGAGAUCGUGCGGGACAUCAAGGAGAAGCUGUGCUACGUGGCUCUCGACUUUGAGAACGAGAUGGCCACGGCGGCGUCCUCCUCCUCCCUUGAGAAGAGCUACGAGCUGCCCGAUGGCCAGGUGAUCACCAUCGGCAACGAGCGCUUCCGCUGCCCGGAGACCCUCUUCCAGCCCUCCUUCAUUGGGAUGGAAUCUGCUGGCAUCCACGAAACCACCUACAACAGCAUCAUGAAAUGUGACAUCGACAUCAGGAAGGACCUCUAUGCUAACAACGUCCUCUCAGGGGGCACCACCAUGUACCCGGGCAUUGCCGACAGGAUGCAGAAGGAGAUCACAGCCCUGGCCCCCAGCACCAUGAAGAUCAAGAUCAUCGCCCCUCCAGAGCGCAAGUAUUCUGUCUGGAUUGGCGGCUCCAUCCUGGCCUCUCUGUCCACCUUCCAGCAGAUGUGGAUCAGCAAACAGGAGUACGAUGAGGCCGGCCCCUCCAUUGUCCACCGCAAAUGCUUCUAAGACACCCCCUUUGCUGUGUGUGUCUCCAGCACACAACUGUGAAUGUUUUGUGGAAUAACGCCUUCAAUUUCUUUCCAAAUCAUUCCUAACCAAAGCUCUGAUUCGUUACCUAUGUUUUUUUUUAAAAAAGAUAAAUAAAUCUGAAACAUUCUAUCCCUAA